AUGGGACAUAUGUUCUAUGAAAGUUUCAUUGAGAUCAUUUGUCCAAGUACAAAAAAAGAAGUACAUCAAGAUUUACAUGAAUAUCAUGCUGAAAAAAUGAAACGAGUUCAACGUAAAUUGGACAAUCUUAGAAAAGCAGCAUUAGAUGAACAAAAAUUUGAAGAAAAAGAAAAAGGAUUUUUUGAAAAAAUGAGAUUUCAAAUGUUACAAAAUCUUGAAAUAACUCUAAGAAGUUUUCAUAUUAGUUAUGAAACAAAAUCAACAACUAAAUUGGGACAUCCAUUUUCAUUUGGUAUUACAAUUCAUUAUUUACAGUUGAUUACAACAACAAAUAAAGAACGAUUAGGAAAAAUUAAAGAAAAUACACUUGUCAUUGCUCAGCUUAAAGAAAUUAAAUUGUUAUCAAUCUAUUGGAAUACAAAUUGUACAUCAAGAAUCCAUAUGCCAUUUCAAUCUGUUCUCGAUGAUCUUAAAUCUAAAAUAGCGACCGAUGAAAAAGUGCCAAGAAGCAAUGAAAUGAAUUAUAGUUUGGAUAUAAAAUUAAAUGUUUUUUAUUUUCUUAAUUUUAUUCUUUUAAAAAUAGUUUUGCAUCCAGUCAAUUUGAAUUUCGAAUUAAAUAUCGCAAUUAAAUUUGCUGAACAAAAUUUUGAACGACCAAUCUAUCAAAUAAAAUAUAAAAUAGAACGAAUGAGUUUUGAAAUUGAUCCAAAACAAUUUUCGGAUUUACUUGAUUUUAUUAAAUUUCAAAAUUACAAUCGAUGUCGAGAAUAUCGUCAAUUAUGUUUAAAAGAUUUAGUUGGAAACACAAAAUUAACAAAAGAUGAACAAGAUCGUAUUCAAGUGCUAGAAUCAAAAUUAGAUGUUCUCACAAUGGCAUAUAUUCGACAUAGUGUUGAAUUAGAAACUCAUUUAUAUUCCGAUACAAGUGCCUAUGAUGAUUACAGUUGGUGGAGUUGGUGGUGGAAUGGAAGAACAAAUUCAAAUCAAGGUAUGAAAAAUUAA